GAGCAUGCGGAUACGUGUCGUUUGCCUCCCCUGACCUCACGCUUUCUCCUUCCUCGCAUUCCAUGGCCCAUCCUUGUGGAAGACCGGGUCUUUGUCUCCACUGAGCAUCCAUGUUAUUCCACACCCCCCUUUAAAGGGACCACCUCACCGCCUCCCUCUUCUCUUACCUCCAUGUCUAUGGACUCGUGGUGUCGAGGGCAACCCAGCCGCGUAUUAAUUCAUAGUCAUAGUUCUUGUCUACCUAGUUGCACUAUAACUCGAUCCGUGCAGGUGCAAGGUCGUGGCAACUAGGUGGCAGGCUGAUCGAGUAGGUAGCAAGCUAGGAGGAAGGCCAUGGCGCUAGAAGCUGUGGUGUUCCCCCAGGAGCACCUCGAGUGCACGGCCACGGCUGCCGUGGCGUCAGUAGGCUGCGGCAUCGACAUUGACGAGCUCGAGGACAAGGGCGGCGUAGUGCUGCAAGAAGAGGACGGAGCGCUGCCGCACGGCACCGGUGCGGUCACCACCUGGGACGCGGCGCUUUGCCCGUGCUCCAUCGCUCCAGGCAGCGUGGAGGAGUGCUGGGACGUGCAGCACCACUCCGUGUCGCCGCCGCCGGUGCCGCCCGCGCUAGAGCUCGGGCGCGGCAAGGCCGCCGGGUCAGCGUCGCGGAGGCGGCGACGGCGCCCGAAGAAGGUGAAGAACAAGGAGGAGAUGGAGAGCCAGCGGCUUAACCACAUUGCCAUAGAGCGCAACCGGCGGCGGCAGAUGAACGAGUACCUCGCCGUGCUCCGGUCCGUCAUGCCGCCCUCCUACGCGCAGCGGGGUGACCAGGCGUCGAUCGUGGCCGGCGCCAUCAACUUCGUCAAGGAGCUGGAGCAGCUGCUGCAGUCGCUGGAGGCACAGAAGCGCAGCGCAAAACGCUCCGAGCCACCGGCGGCGCCGUUCGCCGGGUUCUUCACGUUUCCUCAGUACUCCGCCGGCGCGGACGGUGUCGCUGGUGCCGGCGACAGUGCGAGCUCUGGCGGUGACCAGAGCGGCGUCUGCGCGGUGCGCCAGGGCGUGGCCGACAUCGAGGUGGCUGUGGCGGAGAGCCACGCGAACGUGAAGGUGCUCGCGCCGCGGCGGCCCAGGCAGCUGCUGAAGAUGGUGGUGGCGCUGCUGUGCCUCGGCCUCACCGUGCUCCACCUCAACGUCACCACCACCGCCGACCACCUGGCCUUUUACUCCUUCAGUCUCAAGAUGGAGGAUGAAUGCCGGCUAGCGUCGGUCGAUGAUAUCGCCGCCGCGGUGAACCAGAUAGUCGCCAAGAUCUCCGAGGAGUGUCUUAAUCAAGUCAGCUAGCUACUUAGCUGCAAAAUUGAGAAACUGUCAUGUAACAUUAAUUCGAUCCCAGUAUAUGGAUAACUCUGGUAAUUUGUGCCAUUGUCAGAAGAA